AAGCAGAAGAGGACGAUAGCACGGCUUGCGUGCACGUGACCCAUUGCUCUAUUUGCUUGGCCAGGAAGGAAGGCUUGAGACAACUGCAAUUCUGACGACUCACUCUAGUGCCAGGACUCUCGUCGCCUUACAUUGAAUCCACGCGGGUCCGGUGGCGUGGAAUGUACGAGUCCAGCGCUGAGUACGUCAUGGCUAGACCGAAAACACCGAGACACUUUCAGCUGCCGGAUCUGGGCAAGCUCGUAUCUCACGCGUGGAAUAGGAGACGAUGGAUGUUUCUCGGCAUUUGCGCCGCUUUGACCGUCAUUGCUGUGGCUGUGCCUGCUGGCAUACGGUAUUCCAUGCAGGGCGACGACCAUGAUCAGAGUCCAUCACUCCUGCGCACAAUUACAGAAGGUGAAGUUACGGAAGCUCGCAAACCGCCGAAGGCCAAGGUUGCACAUGUUCCUCGUAAGCCGAAGCAAAAGUCUCAUGCCGACGGGCCGGCAUCGCCGGCCGGCAAGAUUGUUGCAAAUAAGCGUCUCCCAACUUCUGGAAAAGUGCGAAAGGUCGAUAGAAGUGUGCAUCAAGUUAAGCAGCAGCUUCAGAAUGACUCUGUACCUGACGAGAAUAAAAAGGUGAGCCCAUCUACCGAAGCUCACACGGAGACCCCAGGGGAAGAGGAAAAAGAACAUGUCAGUAAAUCUGCCAAGGUUGCGGCACAGAACGAUCCCGCCGCCACUGUGUACCGCUUUUCCGUUCCGUCGAACACCACAACUGUACCUGAACAUUUUCCAGAAAACUCUGAUCACCACGUGAAAGUUCUGCGGCUUCCUCGAUCAGUUUACCCUGAGGAAUACAAGCUGAGGUUCGAACCUUUCUUCUUCGAGCAAAGCAUGAUGUUUGGCGGCAGAGUUCGUAUCAGUCUGGAAUGCCGAGAACGUACGAAAGUGAUCCAGCUGCAUGCAUCGAACAUGGCUAUCGAACGAGAAAACGUAACGGUGGUCACCUUUGCCGAUUCGAAACCUAUUGAUGUGACUAGCGUAAACACCAACGAGUUUGCUCAGUUCCUGUACAUUAAUCUGGGUAGUGAUUUACUUCCUGGAGAGAAAUACUACCUCACCAUCCCGUUCAAGAGUGUGGCCCUCUACGACAACGGCUUCAACGUUCGUCGUUACGAUCGGGAAAAUGGCACUUCCGCGUGGAUGAUUGGCACCAACUUCUUGCCCACCGAAGCUCGCAGGGCAUUCCCGUGCUUCGACGAACCUGGCCUAAAGGCGACAUACUACACGGAGGUUGUGAGAGAUCGCCGUCUGCACUCUUUGUCGAACAUGGCGCUGUCUAAGGUGUACCCCAAGCCGCAGGACAAACAAGCGGACACGUUCCUGCCUACCUUCCCAAUGUCUACGUUUUCCAUGGGUUUCUUCAUCUCGGAUUUCGUCUCCCACGGUAACUCGUCCUUCAGAGUGUGGAGCCGACCUGACGCCCAGAAGAACGUUACCUUCGUUCUUGCACAAGUUCCCCGUAUACUGUCAUUCUACGAGAAGCACUUCUCCAUUCCCUACCAGCUCUCUAAGUUGGACGUUAUUGCCAUGGAACAUUACAUCAACGACGUGCAAAACAUGGGCAUGAUGUUCUUGCCAGAAUCCGUGGCUUUCUUUGAUGCUGAAGAUUCGCCCCUCGUGAAACGGCAGAGUGUUUUGCAAAUGCUGUGCCACGGAAUUGGUCACCAAUGGUUUGGAAAUCUCAUAACUCCUGAUUGGUGGGAUGACGUCUGGCUGAUGGAUGGCAUCUCAAGUUACUUCCAGUAUCGUUGCCUUGAGCACCUUGAAGGGUAUCAUAAAAUUUAUGAGUUCAUGGUCCUGAACGAAAUAGUGCCCGUCAUGAAACACGACUCCUACAAGUACUCUCCUGCUGUAAUCACCCCAGUGGACACGCAGUAUAAAAUCUACCAGUCAUUCAACAUCUUCAGCACACAGAAGGCGGUCGCCAUAAUGCGAAUGCUUAGUAUGGCCGUCGGCGAAUCGGUACUACAAGCCUCGCUACACAAAAUUAUGGCGGAGAGAAUGUUCAGAGGCAUCACUACAGAGCAACUUUUACGUGCCUUCACCGAAACAAUGCCAAAGAACAGGCCGCUGGACGCGACGAGUACAUUGAUGCCCUGGCUAACGCAAUCCGGAUUUCCUGUACUCUCUGUCACGAGAGUUUACGAUGAGAAUGCUGCUACUCUGGUGCAGACGAAGUUCUCUCUAGAUCCAGAAGAGCGGAGCUCGAAUCAGUUGUGGCCUAUCCCAAUCACGUUCGUUACUUCUGAUGACCUGCACUUCAACAAGACAACGCCACUAUUCUGGUUGAAAGAUAAGGAAGGUCAACUCGAAAAUCUACCUGAUCCUCAUCACUGGGUCAUGGUGAACAAUCAAUUCCUCGGAUAUUUCAAAGUGAACUACGACCAGAAGAACUGGGAGCUGAUCGUUCGCCAGCUACUAUGGAACCACAGCUACAUCCACCUGUUAAAUCGUGCCCAAGUCCACAACGAUCUCUUCGACCUUGCAAAGGCUGGCAUGGUGAACUACACUAUCGCUUUAGAUUCCACCAAAUAUCUUUCGAAGGAGCAGGAAUACAUUCCGUGGAAAAUCGCCUUCGACAAGAUGAAAGAAGUCGGAGCUAAGAUGCGCAAUACGGACUCGUACCAAAGGUGGACUGGCUACGUGUCUUCCCUGCUGAAAGCUAACUACGGAAACGUUACGUGGGAUAACACCUCUUCCGCAUAUUCGAGUGAAUUCGAGUCGGAGCUGGUACUUUCAGCUUGCCACUUUGGUUACGAACCAUGCGUGGAAAAGGCCGUCGAGCUCUUCAACCGAUUCAAGAAGAGUCCAGAUACGGAAGACGAGAUUCCCCCACAUCUGAAAUACCCAGUUUUCUGCGAAGCCAUUAGGACAGGCGGUGAAGACAACUGGAAGUUCCUCUGGAACCGUCUUCAAACGACUGACGACAAGUCUGAACGAUCUGACAUCAUACGGUCCCUCGGCUGCUCCAAAAACACUGACACACUUGGCAGUUACCUCAAGUCCGCCGUUACAGCAAAAUCUGGUCUCUCGCGAGAAGACAUGCCUAUGGUACUCGACACGUUUGCGGACAGCCCUGAGGGGAAGGGAGUCGCCUUCAAGUUAUUGCGAUCUCAAUGGGGUUCUCUACAUAAGACGUACAGACAGUGGCCUGACGUUCUGUUCCAGGUGGAAGAGUCCUUGAUCGAGUCCGCAAACGAACCACAUGAUGUUGAGGAGCUGAGUUCCUUCUUCCUACGGAACAAGAAAUCAACAGUGAUCCCAGAAUGGCGCUAUCAGCAGGUUCAAGAAGAGAAGAAACUUGACCAGAUGUGGCAAACCAAGUUUUACCCGGUGGUCAAGAACUGGUUGAAAACCGCUCGUCCAUUGUGAACACGCCUCGGAAUGAAGCUGUAAAAUAUACUUUAAUGUAUCGAG